AUGCAUGCCAUCGCAGUCACCCAAUACGGUCCAAUAUCUAAUAUAAAAGCAAUCAAUCUCCCAACCCCCUCAGACCCCCAAGGCCAUGACAUACUCGUCCGCGUUAAAGCCUGCUCCAUAAACCCAGUCGAUACAAAGGUUCGAGCAGGAACCUAUGAUGAUUACCCAGACUACUAUGACCGAGCCCCUAACCUGCCUCAAAUUCUCGGCUUUGACGGCGCUGGCAUAGUCGAGAGCGUCGGGUCGGACGCUGCACAUUUCAACCCCGGCGAUGAAGUUUACUACUCUGGCUCGCCCAUCCGCCAGGGAAGCAAUGCAGAAUUCCAGCUUGUAGAUUCACGAGCAGUCGCGCUCAAACCAAACAGCUUGGACUGGGGCCAGGCUGCUGCUAUGCCCCUAACCUGGAUCACAGCCUACGAAGCCCUCAUCGAACGAAUGGAGAUUCAGCGAGGUGAAAAUGCCGGCAUCCUCAUUAUCAACGGCGCAGGUGGUGUCGGCAGCGUCGCCAGCCAGAUUGCGCGGCAUAUCCUCAAUCUACCCGUCGUAAUCACCACAGCAUCGCGAGACGAAACAGUCAAGUUUUCAAAGGACGUCGGUGGUGCCACACACACCAUCAACCACCACGAGGACAUCCCCACCGAGAUCGAGAAGCUCAAACUAGACGUCCCAAUCAAAUAUGUCUUCAUCACCCACACCCCAACAUCAGGCUACCUCGCUCCUGCAGCAAACAUCUGCACCCCCUUUGGAAAAGUCUGUUCAAUCGUUCAAGACAAGGAAAUGCCCAUGUAUGCUACAGAGUUCAUGGCAAAGAGCCUGACGUUUGUUUGGGCUCUGCUAGGUACGAAGCCCUACUACGGGGUUGAUGUCGAGAGCCACGGUAGGAUUUUAAAGCAUCUAGCGAGAAUGCUAGAUGAGGGGACGGUCAAGUGUCAUUGUAUGCAGAAGCUUAAGCUGGAUGAGGAGGGAGUGAGGAAGGCGCAUGAGAUUAUUGAAGGUGGUAAGGCUGUUGGCAAGGUGGCGCUGGAGUUCUGA